AUGUCGCAGACAACAUUAGACACGCCACAUUUAUUUGAGGACGACCUACCAGAAAGUGCGGAUACAGAACGAAAGAUCUUCGCGGAAUGGGCGUCCUCCGUUCCGUUCAAGAAGCAAGCCGAAGAUUUUGAAAUUCAUAAUUCAGCUGAAUUAGACAUUAAGCUGGCUCCCUUCCUACGAUCUCUCAAAAUUCCUAGCAAGGGGUAUUCUUUGGUACAGAUACCGGGACCGGAACAUGCACCAUUCCACCACAGCUACGGCGAUGCUUUUAUCAUUCCGAUCGAAAUACUUGACGGUAGUCCGAGCGCCUCAGGAAAGCCUCUUCGAGAAGGAAAGCGGCUGCUUAUGAAGGCAAACCACGAAGUGAAGAUUGGACCUAAGCUGCGCCUUCUCUUUAUUUUACUCUAG